AUGGUGCAGUCACUAAAGAUUACCGUCGAGUAUGUCGACGGCGUGUUGGACCAGGUUGCGGCCAAGAGCCGCUUCUCGAGCGACGGGCUGCGCGCGGGCCUGUCGGCGCGGGAGGAGGGGACGAGGGCGGACAUCCUGGAGGCGCUGUAUCGCCGCCUGACGAGCGUGCAGGCGAAGUGGGUGACGAGGGUGGUGCUCAAGCGUUUGGCGCCCGUGGAGAUGCCGGAGAGCCAUACGCUGUCGGCGUACCACUUCCUCAUGCCGCACCUGUUCAAGUUCCAGCAGGACCUUUCCAAAGCCUGCGCGCUCAUCUGCGCGCCCGAGUACCGCGUCUACGCACGCUUCCCGCCGCCCAGCGAGCGCGCGCAGAUCCUACGGUCGCUGGCCGCACAGAUCCUCAAGCCCGAGACCGGCGUCAAGGUCGGGCGGCCCGAAUUCGUAAAAGCACGGAGCUGCAAACACGCCGCCGCCCUCGCCGCCGGCCGCACCUUCUCCCUCGAGCGCAAGUACGACGGCGAGUACAUCCAGAUCCACAUCGACACCACGCGCCCCUCGCGCACCGACUGGCUCACGCUCUUCUCCAAGAGCGGCCGCAACUCCACCAACGACCGCAUCCAACACUCCUCACAUCCCUCCUCCCCGCCUCCCACCACCCCCCCAUUCACAACAGCAAUCCUCGAAGGCGAGCUCCUCGCCUACAGCACGUCCACAGCCAGCAUCCUCCCCUUCCACCACCUCCGCGCACACAUCCACCGCGCCGGCACCUACAUCGGCGCCCCGCCGCGCGACCGCUCCUCGCACCUCAUGGUGGUGCUCUUCGACGUCUUGCUCGUCGACGGCGCCUCGCUGCUGCACCAGCCGUACCGCGUGUGGCUACAGCACCUCCGCCGCACGGAGGUCGAUUUUGGGGUUGGGGAUGGCGCGGUGGAGGCGCUGCGGGGGGUGGUUUGUGAGGGGUGUGGUGGCGGGUGGGAGGGCGUGGUUAUGAAGCCGUUGGAGGGGGCGUAUGUGGCUUUGGACGGCGGCGGUGGGGGAGGGGGCGAUGGGAAUGGGAGGAGUUAUGGCCAUGUGGGCGGGAGGGAGGCGUGGGUGAAGGUUAAGAAGGAUUAUAUGGCGGGGUGUGGGGACACGGGGGAUUUUGCGGUGGUGGGGGCGCGGGCGGAGGGGGCGAGGGGGUGGCGGUUGGGGGUGAUGGGCGCAAAGGCGCUGACGGUGUUCCAUGUGGGCUGCUUGACGAACAAGGGGGAGGUGAAGCGCGGGCGCGCGAAGCCGCGGUCCAGGCUGGUGUUUGAGGUGUGCUACAGCGUGCCGAGGCAUGAUCUGGAGGAGAUUAACCGCUUGGCGCCGUUUAGGACCGUGGCGUAUGAUCCCGCCACCGCCCCCUUCACCCUCGACCCCCUCGCAGGCGUCACAGCCCCCACCCACCUCUUCCCCACCCCACUCGUCUUCGAGCUCACCGGCGGCGGCUUCGAGAAGCACGCAAACACGCCCUACUACGUGCUGCGCCACCCGCGCGUGUGCAAGGUCUACUUCGAGCGCGACUACCUGAACGCCAUGACGCUGGAGGAGCUGCAGGACGCGGCGAGGGCUGCGGAGGCCCUGUCGUGCGGGGAGAGGGAGGAGGAGGCGGUGGAGAGGGCGUGGGUGGAGAGGUUGAUGGCUGCGGAGAGGGGCGGGCUGAAGAGGGCGUGGUCGGAGGGGGGGGAGGAGGAGGAGGAGGGAGGUAAGGUGAAAAGGGCGAAGCGUGAGAGUGGGAGAUUGCGGAGCAGAAGACCGCAGAAAUUGCUCCGGAGAUUGAGUUCUGGAAUUUCAGAGACUGCUGAGGGUGCGAAUGUGGCAGCAGCAGAAAAACAGCACACAACACCCACACGCACACCUAAACCGGCAGGACAACCAAGUUCAGAUUCAGUAGCAGCAGCUAUUUCACCAGUAAAAGAAGCUGCGCCGCCGCCGCCUGUGCUUCGGGAGAUUUCCCCAACGGUGAAUCCACAGGGACGAAGACGCUCUUCGGGCGGAAACACACCGCCAAAACGGGGUCUAGUGGGGAGCGCUGCUAAGGAAUUUGGCUUGUCUAAAAAUACAGCUGGAAAUGCGUCUAUGGCUACGGUGCUGGAGAAUGAUGAGAACCAACAACCAAAGACACCAGUGCUGAAAAGUACGCCAAGCCAACUAAUCGAGCAGCAGCUCAUCCAUGAACAGCGUGUCCAGCACCAACGUGCCCAUAGCAAGCCACCGCCCAUCCCCAACUGCGCCACCACCCCACCAGAAGCCAGCGAGGCCUUAGAGCUUAAAAACGGGCAUUCACGCAUCUCCCCUCUGCUCAACGCCACGGUCCUACUUCCCCACUACCUUUUCAAGUUCCCUGAGCUCACGGCCAAAAUCACCGCCCACAAGCCCGCAGCGGUCCAUGCUCUUCCUGCUGCCGCCGGGGAUAUACCCCCAUUGAUGCCGGCGAGCAAGAGGUGCGUGGUCUUGGUUGAGCCGAAUAAAACAAGCUUGACGAAGAAGACGCUGAAGGGCUUGGCGGCGGCGGCGGGGGCUGUGGAGGGCGGCCUGAGGGGGGCGUGGGAGGUGGAUUGGAGCUUGUAUCAUGUUUGGAGCGUGGUUUGA